UGAAGCUUUUUGAAUGAGACCAAGCUAGUAUUUAAAAUGAUGGGCCAAGAGCCCCACCCUACCGACUCUCAGAAGUAACCGUCUCCAACUUCCAGCUACCGCGAAGUAGAGACCAACGAAGUCGUACCCUUUAUCCGCCAUGGCCGCCGUUGCACCGCCCCCACCCUCCCAAUCUUCCGCCUUUCAUUUGAAAACCAAUAUUUUCCUUUCAGGUUUACACACGCCCAAAUCCCUUGCAUUUCCUAAUUACAGACCAUCAGUUGCUGGAUUUGGCAUCAAGAGGAACUUUAGUACAGCACAUGUGGCUUUUUCGCAGCAUUCUUCCGUGCUAUCAGUUGAAGCUUCCUCAGAAAGGGCUAAGCAAGAAAAAAGUUCAAUCGUCGUUAUCGACAAUUAUGAUAGCUUCACUUACAACUUAUGCCAAUAUAUGGGAGAGCUGGGAUGCAGUUUCGAGGUUUAUAGGAAUGACGAUCUCACGGUGGAUGAACUGAAGAAGAAAAAACCAAGGGGAAUUGUCAUUUCACCAGGCCCAGGAGCUCCUAAAGAUUCAGGAAUAUCAUUACAAACUGUACUGGAAUUGGGACCUAUUGUUCCAUUAUUUGGUGUCUGCAUGGGGCUGCAAUGCAUUGGAGAGGCUUUUGGAGGAAAAGUAGUGCGUUCUCCGUAUGGUGUGAUGCAUGGGAAAAGUUCUCCUGUGUAUUACAAUGAGGGUGGAGAAGAUGGCUUGUUUACAGGGCUGCCAAACCCAUUCACUGCAGGUAGAUAUCAUAGCCUUGUGAUUGAUAAGGAUAGUUUCCCUACAGAUGAACUUGAGAUAACAGCAUGGACAGAGGAUGGACUGGUAAUGGCUGCUCGUCACAAAGUGUAUCGUUACCUGCAGGGGGUACAAUUUCAUCCUGAAAGCAUUAUAACCAAUGAAGGGAAAACAAUAGUUCAGAAUUUUAUCAGAUUAGUUGAGAAGAGGGAAGCUGAAUGUCAGCAGUAGAAUUGAGCCGCUCUCUCUGACUUUUUAAAUGCAACUUCAUAUGGUCUUAUCUUUUUGUUACAUUAUAGUUUUUGGUGAGUGAUAUAGGGUGCCCUAAAAAAGACAGAAUAAAGUACCAAUCGUGCAUAUGAUUGGUCCAAGUUAUCAUUUAUUUAUAUUUAAAUUGUUCAAUUGCAACAUUUUAAUUAGUCCAUGUGUUGAGUUAAUUUUGUGUUACUCAAAUAUUUGCCAAUUAUGUGUUUUCUGUCGUGUGUUGUGGUCCGGCACAUAGUUUGUUUUCAUUCA